CCGUUUAGAGCUCCGAAAAUCCCUCUCCUGCCCGGAAGUUGUAUUUGGCACUUCCGAAUAGGGUCAUGGCGGAAGGGUGUGAAUAGCCUCGCCGCCCGUGCCCCAGGGAAUGCCCAUGCCUGACCUUAGUUGCGAAGUGAGUUUCUUCUGUAUGCUUGAGUCAAGAACUCUGUCAUCUUGGUAAUACCGGGUUGGAUGCUUAAAGCUGCAGCAAAAAGACCAGAACUUUCAGGGGAAAACACUGUAUCCAACAACUCCAACAUGGCAGAAGUGAAGCCAGUGUUCCGGGAAGUUCUUCCAAAACAAGGGCCAUUGUUUGUGGAAGAUAUAACCACAAUGGUGCUGUGUAAACCCAAACUUUUACCUUUAAAAUCUCUGACUCUGGAAAAACUAGAGAAAAUGCAUCAAGCAGCACAGGAUACAAUUCGCCAACAAGAAAUGGCAGAAAAGAAUCAACGGCAAAUAACCCACUGAACGGUAACUGAAGCACUUUAGGGAACAACCUGUCUUACCUACUGUUUAACAGUAACUAGAAAAUCAUAUGCUUCUGUGUGCUGAAAGUAGUAUUUGUUAAUAUUAUCAAUAAAAUUGAUAGUAUUCAUAUAAAUACAAAUAUACCUAAGAUUGAUGAAAUUUGUAUUGUGAGUGUAAACACUCUGGUUUGUAUUGAACAUAGUUACUAUGAACCAAAUUUUAUGGGGUUUUUUACUCAUGUUUUUAGAACUGUGUAUUAUUUGUUCACCAUUCCUGUUGCUAUCUCUUAUAGAUAACAUUCUUGGGCACAAGGGACUAAUAGAUCUUUACACAUUUAUUAAAAUCUGAAUUGGAAGAUAUAUUCCAGUGUUGCAUAAAGUGUUUGUUGGGCUUUUACAUUAUUGAAUUAAACAAAUCAAUUAAAAAAAUUUUUUUAACCAAUUUUAGGUGCCAUGUCACAUUUAAUACUGUCAUGUGUGACCAGAUCCUACCAGUAAUGAUAAAACUGUAUUAAAUCUCAUUUUGAAGAAACCCUCCCCUACUCUGUAAUCAGCUAAGCUUUUAAUUACAUUAAUGUUAAGGACUUGAGAAUUACAUAAUGGUGUUUAUCAUCCAGGUGUCAAUUAAAAACCUAAAAAUGUUAACUGUAUUAUAAGCCUAGGUAAUAUGAGGUAAAUAUGAACAUUAAACUUGGUUUUAAUUCUAACAGACUGUAUCUAAACUUGCAAUCGGUAUACUCCUAAUAGUACCCACAUAAAUUCUGAAUAUAAUUGUCGGUUUGCUGCAUUCAAUAUUUGGCAGUUUAGCAUACACCUUGAGGGCUUGCUGAGUUAUUAGGCUAUGUAAAAGUGGUUGAGGCCGGGCGCGGUGGCUCAAGCCUGUAAUGCCAGCACUUUGGGAGGCCGAGGCGGGUGGAUCACAAGGUCAAGAGAUCGAAACCAUCCAGGUCAACAUGGUGAAACCCCGUCUCUACUAAAUAUAUAAGAAAAAUUAGCUGGGCCUGGUGGCGUGUGCCUGUAAUCCCAGCUACUUGGGAGGCUGAGGCAGGAGAAUUGCCUGACCCCAGGAGGCGGAGGUUGCGGCGAGCCGAGAUCACGCCAUUGCACUCCAGCCUGGGUAACAAGCGAAACUCUGUCUCAACAAAAAAGUGGUUUCAAAGUAUGAUCAUUCUUUUGUUAUUAAUCGGUAGGUCAUAUUUUCUCAGACAUUGGGUAAAUGUCAAGCUUUCAGUCUUUGGAGAAUAACUUUUUUUAACACUAGCCAUUAUUUGGUAACAGAAUUUAGGAAUGGAAUGAUGGAAGGUAUUACAUAUUUCUAAAACUUAUUUAAGCUCUAGAUCAGGUAAGAGUGGAAGAAAGUGAUACUGCAUUUCUUUCCUGAGCGUAUUCUUAAUUUACUAUUGUACUUUUGAUUUAAAAGUUUGUAGGAAAAAAAAGUUUUCAAGGAACACUAAGAUUAAAUUCACUAAGUUCAAAUAUGCUUCCUUAUGAGAUUUAAAAUUUGCUGUGUGAAAUUAAAGUUUAAAAGAUCUAAAAUAAAUGUACUCCCAAUAAAGAAUCAACACUGCUUCACAUCUUUUAUUUUGGUGUACAUUCUUCUAGAACCAGGUUCAUUUUUCCAGUUUUGUAGAAAAAUAGAUGUUCCAGCCACCAUUUACUUCACUGUGUAGUCUUUUAAGACCAAUCAGUAUGUUCCCUAGAAAGAUGAAUAAGUCUCACGACUAAUUUUUUUUUAAUUCUUUAAGACAAAUAACUUUCUUUUUUUUUUUAACUUCCAAAGCACAGUAUUUCAACAGCAGCAGCCAACAUGGGGUUUUAGCAGCUUAACUUUACCCCCUAAAUAAAGCUUUGUAUAAACCAGUGAUUUUACUACAAAAAACACUGUCCUUGAAAGAAAGGAGUGGCAGUCAGACAUCAAUGCAAAACUUGGAAUGAUUAGGUCAUAAACAUGGCACUUAACAAAAGGUAGCUUAUUAGAAUAUUCCACUUAAGGAGAGGUUUCUUUUCUGUCCCUCCUUUGCCCCUCAAAAAAAAAAAAAAGAAAGAAAAAACAUUACCUUUAAAAAUUCCCCUUAAAUGUAGGUUUAUAAAAUGUCAGAAAUGCCUUGUACCCAAAACAAGUGCCAAAAAAAAAAAAACUUGUGCUAACAACUCUUACAAUUCA